GAAUCCAUAACGUUUCAUCCUUCAUCCCCAUCUCCAUCUCACGGUUAAACUAUGCUCAUCAUCGAAACUUGGUAUCUCUCAUUGGUUACUGCGAUGAAGGUGACACUAUGGCACUUGUUUUUGAGUAUGUAGCCAAUGGAAAUUUGCAGCAACAUUUAUUAGAUCUAACAUUGGACUUUUUGACUUGGAAGGAAAGACUUCAAAUUGCGGUGGAUGCAGCAAGAGGGUUGGAUUAUCUACAUAAUGGUUGCAAGCCACCUAUAGUCUAUAGAGAUCUGAAGGCUUCCAAUAUCUUGUUAAAUGAAAAGUUGCAAGCCAAGAUAGUUGAUUUUGGUCUUUCUAAAGUUCUUGCAACUGAAAGCGCCACUCAUAUAUCAACUGAUGCCAAAGGAACAUCCAUAGAUUUUCUGAUUUUAUUUUUGUAAACUAGGAUCAUUCUCUAUUUAUUUGUAUUAUUCUUUCGUAGGUGUGAUAGGAGCAUUUUAAUGUGAUAUUUUAAUAGUUAAUUCCUCACAUUUUGCUUAGUUAAUUCC